GUGUGACUGAGCACAGAUCUGAAGCCGAAGUAGCGGACUUGUUUAUAUUUAGCUCACAGUGAGUCUGUAGUAGUGAGCCGAUUCUAAUGGAUCGAAUGAUCGACUCACACUCAUUGUGAAAACCCAUAACUGGUGAUAGGGUUUCCACUUGAGAUCUCACAACCCUAUUGAGAUAAUUGAUUGGAGCAAAUCAAAAUGCAAAAUUGCUCAUCGUGAGAAUAAAUUUAUUUUCUCAAUGCGAACAUUUUCAAAAUCAGAAGAGAUGCAUGGAAACGACAUCUCUAUUGUUCCUUUUUCAAAGUAUGCAUUACAAAAUGAAUCAGAAAGAACGGAACAAUUGAAGGAGAAUAAAGCCGUGAAUUUACCCUCAAGAAUCGAAAUAUAUAAGAAACCUUACUUCUCAUACACGAUUCACGGAACAAAUCUCAACGUGAGGCUGUACAAGACAAUUAUCGUGGAUUAUGUUCAAAAAAUGAAAAGUACCACAAUGACGAAAAAUUUCAGCCACUUGCUCAUUUCAACAUCUUACUUCCUAUUACAAAAUGAGAAGCUUGGAAACCCACUUCUAUGCUCUGUUGUGAAAGAUACUCUGAUUCCUCUCAUAAGCAGUAUGGACAUAGACGAUGUGAAUAGUUUUUGGGAAUCUAUGAAAAAACGUAUUCAUUUAUCCGUCAACCAUUGCAUUAAUGAUGGAAACAGUCCCAGGCGAAGAUUCUUGCCACUACGUGAACCUAUCAAUAAUGACAUUCCAAAAAGUAUAGAUUUAUUUGUGAAUGCUUGUCUACUUGAACUUCAGAGAAUUCAACAUCAUAGAAUCAAUGAACAAUUGACAUUAAAACAUGUUCUAUGUGAAGAAAAUGAUUAUCUACUGUACAGGUUGAUGAGGAAAGAGUUGAAUGGGACCAGUAUAUUAGUUUAUUCUAGGCAGUUUUCGAAAUUCCUAAGAUUCAAAGAAAUUAUUGAAGAACAGUUAAUGAGAGUAGUAGACAGAAUCUUUUUAAUGCAGGUAAUGGAGGAUACUUGUAUUUAUACUAUUAAUCCAGAUUCUAGAAUAAUUAUAGAACUUACAGGUGAUUGUGUGAAAUGUGUGGUGGAGUACUUGAAAAAUGAUGACAUCAGAAAUUUUAUUAUUGCUUUUAGAACAAAUGUUUAGCUUUAUAAAUAUUUGAGCUCUCAAAGAAAGGAGGCCAGUUUUCAGUAAA